GCUAUGGUCUGGCCAACUGAAUUUGAUACGAGACUUGGUGAAUAUGACGCAAUGGAGCUACCCGGUCAGCAGCUGUCCGCAGCGACGGCGUACAGUCCGCUCGACCAUGUGCUGAACCUGGACAUCAAACUGCCGGCGGCGUGCCAACGACUCACCGGUAUUAUAGCAACUAUAGGGAAGUCGUCAAACGAUGUAGAGAUAAUGCAGAGGAUGAUGGCGGCAGGCAUGAACAUUGCUCUGCUUAAUCUGUCGUUCGGUUCGCGCGACGAGCACAUUGAGGCCAUCAAGAAUUUGAGACAAGCGGCAAAGAACUACAGUGUGGUGGUCGGGAAGAACUUUCCCCUUGCUAUCGCCGCGCGUCUGCCGGGAAGGAAGAUUAGGACCGGGAAUAUUUCUGAUACUUACGUAGAACCUGUUGAACUGAUAAGUGGUGAAAGCGUUCGAUUGACCACAGAUGAAACUUACAAGGACAGGUGCUCAAGUAGCAUCGUAUACAUUGACUUCCUUCACUUUGCGGAACAGCUAAAGAAAGGUGACAUCAUACUCCUGGACAAUGAGACUAUACAAUUAAAAGUCGAAGUCAUAUCGACUACAACAUUAACUUGCAAAAUCGAAAGAGGCGGGAUGCUAGGAUCGAACAAGGAUGUGUUCGUACCAAAUGUUGUGCUCAAAAUGCCUACAUACUCCGAAAAGGAUAAAAUUUAUAUCGAAAUGGCUGUACAUCAUCAGCUCGAUAUUCUCGUUGCAUCAUUUGUUGAUUCAAAAAAUUCGAUUUUAGAAUUAAAGAAUGCGAUGGGAGAAAAGGGAAAAAAGAUAUCCAUCGUCGCUAAUGUACAAACUUUAGAAGGCUAUUACAAUUUUGAUGAAAUACUCGAGGUAGCAAAUGGUGUUAUGAUUACCAGACAAGAAUUGGGAUCGGAUAUAUCGCCGAAGAAAUUAGUUAUCGCUCAGAAGAAUAUGAUUGCUCGCGCUAAUAAGGCUAACGUACCAGUCUGCUUGUGCGCUCAUCUUUUAAGCAGUAUGAGGUUUAAUAAAAUACCUCUAAGGGCGGAGCUUCUCGAUGUGGCGAACUGUAUCUUGGACGGAGCGGACGCGUUGGUACUGUCUGCAGAAACAGCGAUAGGUAUUGGUCCAGUAGAAACAAUAAGUUGUAUGGCCAGUGCUUGUAAAGAGGCAGAAGCUUGCGUAUGGACUAAGAAUAUGUUUCAAGAUUACGUUGAAAAGACUCCAAUGCCUUGUGACCAAUCAACUGCUAUAGCGAUGUCAGCAGUACUAGCUGCAUAUCGUUCUCUCGCAGCUGCGAUUGUUGUAGUGACCUCUUCCGGAACUGCCGCGUUCCAAGUCGCCAAGUACCGGCCGAGGUGUCCAAUUAUAGCGGUCACUCGCUAUGCAACACUUGCGAGACAGAUGCAUUUGUACAGGGGUGUUAUGCCACUGAUUUAUGAAUAUACACCGGAGUCGGAUUGGCAAGCAUACCUAGAGCAGCGAAUCAAUUUCUGCGCGAAAUGGGCGAUGCAGCGCGGCUUCGUGCGUGUCGGAGAUCCCAUCGUUAUCGUCUGCAGCUGGAAGCAGGGCUCGGAGUUCACUAAUACUAUGAGGAUUGUUUACGCCACUGCCGAUAUCAAUGUCACUUGAUGUGGAAGUAGUCUUUUUAUAAAUACGCGUUUAUUUUA